AUGUCAACUCCAGACCCUCCCAUGGGGGGUACUCCUCGGCCUGUCCCCUCUCCGGGGCCAGGUCCAUCUCCAGGUGGCAUGCUGGGACCAAGCCCAGGGCCUUCUCCUGGAUCAACCCACAGCAUGAUGGGACCAAGUCCAGGACCUCCAUUCCCCCCACAGGGACCAACAGGCUACCCUCCUGAAAACAUGCACCAGAUGCAAAUGGAUUCCAUGCAUGAAAAGCCAAUGCCAGAUGACCCUCGUUAUAAUCAAAUGAAGGGAAUGGGAAUGAGACCCGGGAGUCAUUCUGGAAUGGGACCUCCUCCAAGCCCUAUGGACCAACAUUCACAAGGUUACCCAUCACCCUUGGAAGCACUGAACAUGUUCCAAGUCCCUGUGCCCUCUAAUGGACCUCCUUCAGGGCCCCCGAUGCCUUCUGGGUCAGGAGGGGUGCCUAUGGAAAACUCUGAUGGGCAGCAACAGCAGCAAACCAGCCGCAGCCCAACCCCUUUUAACCAGAACCAGCUGCACCAACUGAGAGCUCAGAUAAUGGCCUACAAAAUGCUAGCUAGGGGGCAGCCCUUACCUGAUCACCUACAGAUGGCUGUGCAGGGCAAGAGACCGAUGCCAGGCAUGCAGCAGCAGAUGCCAACACUACCUCCUCCAGCUGCAUCUGGGACAGGCAAUGUGCCUGCUCCUGGGCCAGCACCUCCAAACUACAACAGACCUCACGGAAUGGCUGGGGCCUCCAUGCCCCCUCCAGGACCCUCAGGAGUUCCCCCUGGAAUGCCAGGUCAUCCCCCUGGUGCUCCCUCUAAACCCUGGCCUGAAGGUCCUAUGGCCAAUGCAGCAGUUCCAGCCACCGCUCCCCAGAAGCUUAUUCCUCCACAACCCACCGGCCGGCCUUCCCCAGCUCCUCCAGCUGUACCUCCUGCUGCUUCUCCAGUCAUGCCCCCUCAGACGCAGUCACCAGGUCAGCCUGCACAGCCCCCUCCAAUGGUUCAGUUCCAUCCCAAGCCGAAUAGAAUAACUCCCAUCCAGAAACCACGUGGCCUGGAUCCCGUGGAGGUACUGCAGGAACGGGAAUACAGGCUCCAGGCACGAAUUGCACACAGGAUACAAGAGCUGGAGAACCUCCCUGGGUCUCUGGCUGGUGACCUGAGGACCAAAGCUACAAUAGAACUAAAAGCACUAAGACUUCUAAACUUCCAGAGACAGUUGCGACAGGAGGUGGUGGUCUGCAUGAGAAGAGAUACAGCGCUAGAGACUGCUCUAAAUGCCAAGGCCUACAAGCGCAGCAAGAGGCAAUCUCUGCGCGAGGCACGAAUCACUGAAAAACUAGAGAAACAGCAGAAGAUUGAACAGGAGCGUAAAAGACGGCAGAAACACCAGGAAUACCUGAACAGCAUCCUCCAACAUGCCAAGGACUUUAAGGAAUUCCACCGUUCUGUCACCGGAAAGAUACAGAAGGUGACUAAGGCUGUUGCAACAUACCAUGCCAACACUGAACGGGAGCAAAAGAAGGAAAAUGAGAGAAUUGAGAAGGAGAGAAUGCGCAGACUCAUGGCAGAAGAUGAGGAAGGAUACAGAAAGCUGAUCGAUCAAAAGAAAGACAAACGUCUAGCCUACCUCCUGCAACAGACUGACGAAUAUGUAGCAAACCUGACAGACCUGGUGAGACAGCAUAAAGCAGCCCAGGUCUUAAAAGAUAAGAAGAGAAGGAAAAAGAAAAAGGUACAGGAAAAUACAGAGGGGCAGCAGCCAUCACUUGGGCCAGAUGGAGAGCCUCUGGAUGAAACAAGCCAAAUGAGUGACCUUCCAGUCAAGGUUAUUCACAUGGAAAGUGGAAAGAUUCUGACAGGAGCAGAAGCACCAAAGGCCGGACAGCUGGAUACCUGGCUAGAGAUGAACCCUGGGUAUGAAGUGGCACCAAGGUCGGACAGUGAGGAAAGCGGAUCAGAAGAGGAGGAAGAGGAAGAGGAGGAAGAACAGGCUGUGACCUCAGUGCCCACCAUACCUGGUGUGGAGGAGAAGAAGAUUCCUGAUCCAGACAUUGAUGAGGUUUCUGAAAUGUUUGCAAGGGAAAUCAUUGAGUGUGCCAGACAGGAUGUGGAUGAUGAGUACAGCAUAUCACAGGCAGCAGCCAGGGGUCUUCAGUCUUACUAUUCAGUGGCACAUGCAGUGAGCGAGAGAGUGGACAAACAGUCAACUUUGUUGGUUAAUGGUGUUCUUAAACAGUACCAGAUUAAGGGCCUGGAGUGGUUAGUCUCUCUUUACAACAACAACCUGAAUGGUAUCCUUGCAGAUGAGAUGGGUCUAGGAAAGACCAUCCAGACUAUUGCUCUGAUUACAUACCUCAUGGAGCACAAGAGGAUCAAUGGGCCCUUCCUCAUCAUUGUACCUCUCUCAACUCUCUCAAACUGGGUUUAUGAGUUUGAUAAAUGGGGCCCAUCUGUGGUAAAAGUCUCAUACAAGGGUUCUCCUGCUGCACGACGAGCAUUUGUUCCACAGCUCCGCAGUGGGAAGUUUAAUGUUCUUCUCACUACUUAUGAAUAUAUUAUUAAAGACAAGCAAAUUCUUGCUAAGAUUCGCUGGAAGUACAUGAUUGUGGACGAAGGACAUCGCAUGAAGAACCAUCAUUGUAAACUAACUCAGGUCCUGAAUACUCACUAUGUUGCACCGCGGCGCCUCCUACUGACUGGGACUCCACUACAAAAUAAAUUGCCUGAGUUGUGGGCCCUACUUAACUUCUUGCUGCCAACCAUCUUUAAGAGCUGCAGCACCUUUGAGCAGUGGUUUAAUGCCCCAUUUGCUAUGACCGGGGAGAAGGUUGAUUUGAAUGAGGAAGAAACUAUCCUAAUUAUUCGACGUCUUCACAAAGUCUUGCGCCCCUUCCUCCUUAGAAGACUUAAAAAGGAAGUGGAGGCUCAGUUACCAGAGAAGGUGGAAUAUGUGAUCAAAUGUGACAUGUCUGCCUUACAGCGUGUGUUGUAUAGACACAUGCAGGCUAAGGGUGUACUCCUAACAGAUGGGUCAGAAAAAGAUAAAAAGGGAAAAGGUGGCACAAAGACCCUCAUGAACACUAUUAUGCAAUUAAGAAAGAUCUGCAACCAUCCAUAUAUGUUUCAGCACAUAGAGGAAUCAUUCUCUGAACACUUGGGCUUCACUGGAGGCAUUGUACAGGGGCAGGAUCUUUACCGCGCAUCUGGAAAGUUUGAGGUCUUAGAUCGCAUCCUCCCUAAGUUACGUGCCACCAACCACAAGGUUCUGCUCUUUUGCCAGAUGACUACUCUGAUGACCAUCAUGGAAGACUACUUUGCUUACCGUGGCUUUAAAUACCUCAGAUUAGAUGGGACCACAAAAGCAGAGGAUCGUGGUAUGUUACUGAAGACUUUUAAUGAACCUGGCUCUGAAUAUUUUGUCUUCCUGCUCAGCACCCGAGCUGGCGGGCUGGGACUGAACUUGCAGUCAGCCGAUACAGUUGUUAUAUUUGACAGUGACUGGAACCCUCAUCAGGAUCUGCAGGCUCAGGAUCGAGCUCACAGAAUUGGACAGCAAAAUGAGGUGCGAGUGCUGCGCUUGUGUACAGUUAACAGUGUGGAAGAGAAAAUUUUGGCAGCUGCAAAAUACAAGCUAAAUGUAGACCAAAAAGUUAUCCAAGCGGGAAUGUUUGAUCAGAAGUCCUCAAGUCACGAGCGGAAAGCGUUUCUGCAAGCAAUCCUAGAGCACGAGGAGCAAGACGAGGUGGGCUAUGCAGAAAAAAGUGUCAUCAGUGAGGAAGAUGAAGUACCAGAUGAUGAAACUGUCAAUCAGAUGAUCGCAAGACAUGAGGAGGAGUUUGAGCUUUUUAUGCGAAUGGAUCUUGACAGACGGCGAGAGGAGGCCCGGAAUCCCAAACGCAAACCAAGACUAAUGGAGGAAGAUGAACUGCCAUCUUGGAUUAUAAAAGAUGAUGCAGAGGUUGAGCGCCUAACCUGUGAAGAGGAGGAGGAAAAAAUGUUUGGCCGGGGUUCCCGUAGCCGCAAAGAAGUAGAUUACAGCGACUCACUUACAGAAAAACAAUGGCUAAAGGCCAUUGAGGAGGGUACUCUAGACGAAAUUGAGGAGGAAGUGCGUCAUAAAAAAACUACCCGCAAGCGGAAGAGAGAUAUAGAUCCAGGUUUGGGUACUCCAACCACAAGCACACGGAGUAGGGAAAGAGAUGAUGAGGGCAAGAAACAGAAAAAGAGGGGUCGUCCACCUGCAGAGAAACUCUCACCCAAUCCUCCCAACCUCACUAAAAAGAUGAAAAAGAUAGUGGAUGCUGUCAUUAAGUAUAAGGACAGUUCCUCUGGUCGUCAGCUUAGUGAGGUGUUCAUCCAGCUUCCAUCCCGUAAAGAGCUCCCAGAAUAUUAUGAAUUAAUCCGCAAACCAGUAGAUUUCCGAAAGAUAAAGGAACGAAUUCGGAAUCACAAAUACCGCAGUCUUAAUGAUCUGGAGAAAGAUGUUAUGCUGCUUUGUCAAAACGCUCAGACUUUCAACUUGGAAGGAUCUAUUAUCUAUGAAGAUUCCAUCGUGUUGCAGUCGGUGUUCACCAGCGUGAGGCAAAAAAUUGAGAAAGAGGAAGAAAGUGAGGGAGAGGAGAGUGAAGAGGAUGAGGAAAUAGAAGAGGAAGGCUCAGAAUCUGAGUCUCGCGCUGUUAAGGUGAAGAUUAAGCUUGGAAGGAAAGAGAAAGCACAGGAUCGUAUGAAGGGACGCAGGAGAACUAGCCGAGGGUGCAGGGCCAAACCUGUGGUCAGUGAUGAUGAUAGUGAGGAGGAGGACCACUCAGGAAGUGGUGGGAGCGAUGAAGACUGAAAUUGACAACAUUCUUAUAAACCCCUCAUCUCAUUCUGCAAUGUGCUGCAGGAAUGUCUAUUCCAGCCACAGGAAAAGUGUUCUCCUUCCUUUCUCUUCGUAGGUCACUAACGGGUAGCCAGAAAUGUAGUGAACUGUAUAAAAUAAAUUCUUCCAUAUUUAUAUACACGAGGAGUUUUAGGGAAAUAUCGCCUGUAGCAUCUUCUAAAAGCAUUAACUAUCGGGCCGAACCACUAGGCCUCUCAGGAUAGGUUAAAUGGAUUGACUUUUGUCUUUAUAAAUAUUUUUUUUUUUUUAUGGCAGUACUGUUUGAGUUACAGUAUGAAAUCACUGUAGUGUCAGCUGUGGAUGCAUGCACUUAGCAAUCCACUCAAUAGUACUGUAUUUUACAAAAACAGGUCAAAAUAAAGUCCAGUAUUCCCUUUUUGUCUGCUGUACAUAGAGGGGAAACUGGCAGUGGUAGCUGUAUGUAUGUGUCAGUGUCACUGGAUUUCAAACAGUUAUAAAUUAAAACAAAAUGAAAUACCUCA